AUGUCUUGCAGUUUUUUGGUUCCUCUAACUAUGGCGCUGCGGUGCGACGUUCUCAGGCGAGUCGUGGCGGUGUGGGAGUGCGUGUCUCCGCUCGGCGCGGACCACUUGCGGCACCUGCAGCUGCUCUGGCGGGAGUUGGACCAGGUGCGCGUCACAGCCGUGGCCAGGGCGGUCAUGGAGGUACGUCCCGCCCGCGUCGGCGCCGCCACGACGAUGGCGGGCGAGGAGUUCUUCGCGGCCGUGCGCGAGAAGGGCCUGGGGACCAUGCUGGCAAACAGCGGCGGCCUUGUGCAGGUCCUCGACGUGCUUCCGCACCAGGAGGCGCUGCAGAAGCUUCGAACGUUGGAGUCGCUGCGUCUGGACGAGUGGACGCUAUCGGCCCAGACGAAUGCAGCGGAUGCGGAGCACCGCUUUUGGAGGUACGAGGGCGACAAGGCGGACGCGGACAAGAGCUUCCUCCUUGCCCUGGAACCGAGGCUUCAGCCAUUGUUCCACGCCGCUCGAUACGACUCGGGCGGCAAGAUCACGUUGCACAACGACGCACUAGGGCGUGUGGUACCUCCCGAGGAGGUCGUCAACGAGGAGGCAUACCCUGCGGGCACUGCCGUGUUCAGGAAGAUCGCAGUCAUCUACUACUUGACGACGGAUUGGAAAGAGGAGUACGGCGGUUGCUUGGUGGAUAAUGUCCUGGACAACCCCAGGCUGCUGGUGCCCAAAUUCAACUCCCUGGUCGCCUUCCUGGUGCCGCGCGAGCACUGGGUCACCGAGGUCCGCCCCGGCGCCCCGCUGCGCUACACACUCUUCGGCUGGUUCAGCGACGGGGAGCCCUAUCCGCCCGGCUGCCCCCCGCCCCUCGGCUCGGGCAACCAGGAGCACCCCGCCGCCAGCCUGCCACAUGGCCCGCCGCCGACGCCGUCGCCGGGCGCGGCCGCCGCCUCGAAGCGGGCCUCGGACGCAGCGGCCGAGGCGGCAGAGGCCCUCGAGCGGUGCGAGGACGCCUUCCGAGCGCGCUUCGGGCCCCUCGCGGCUGGCCUGCGGGUGUCGGACGGCGGCGAGCGGCCCGCGGCGCUGCUGGGGAUCUUGCGGUGA